AUGGCUUCUGAUCCAAUGGUGCUUUGCGGCAAGGACCCCGCGACUUGCGAUGGCUUCAUCCGUGGCAUACUUCCAAAGUAUGACGUCGUCCACGUCUGCCAUAACACGGAAGCAGCCAUGGCUGAGCUGCCCCGACUGUUCGUCGACGCAUCCACGAAACCAACUGCCGGCAAAAGUAGCAAUAUGGACAGAGAUCAAGGCAGGAGCCCGAUGGUUAUCUUUGUAGGCGGAGGAUUCACAGAAGCUGAAGUCAAAAAUAUGCGCAAGUCCGACGUCGUGCGAACUGUACCCUGGAUGUAUCCGUCGGCUUCUGUGCGUGCCAAGGGCAAAGGACCGCCUCCUUCGAAAGUGGUCCUCAGGCAAGCGAGAGAGUCGCUAAUCGAGCAUGGUCUGGUCCCUGGGGAAAAACUUCCUGCGGAGCGUGGGAUCUGGUCGUACGGCGAGGACGACUCGCAUGCUGAGCAGAGGCCAAAGCUCUGA